AUGGGGGACCGGGCACAAAAAGGGCUUUCGGAUAUUGGCAAGGCGUCCAUUUCCCGCCUCACCCAGGAAGAGGACAGAGGAGCCCCGGGCAAACUUGGCGAGUGGGGUACCGCGGUCCAACGCCGGGAAAGCGUGCGCAGCCCGGCCCGACACGGACGGGCCGGGGGCGUCCUCGCACGCCCUCUCCCGGUGGUGCCCACCAAACGGUCUGAGCGCGCGACGGCUGCUGCGAGCCCUACGGCGCGGGGGCCUGGCUACCGGAGGAGCGGCGGGAGCGGCGAGGAGUGGCCCUCACUUUUGGACCUUCUCAUAAAGAUAGAAAUGCUACUGAUUGGUGUCUGAGCCCUGCUGACCUUGAUCCCUUGCCCAGGGGCCACUGAAGAGCUGUUUGAGGUUUCUGUUUGGCCUGAUCAGGCCCUGGUAAAGGUCGGACAGUCCCUAAUGGUCAACUGUAGUACUACCUGUCCAGACCCGGGACCCGGUGAAAUUGAGACCCAGGUGGGCCGGGGGCCUCAGUGGAAGGAGUUUCUCCUGGAGGAUGUCACAGAGAAUGCCAUCCUGCAGUGCCGCUUCUCCUGCGCUGGGACACAAAAGUACACAAGCCUUGGCAUCACCGUGUAUAAGCCACCAGAGCAGGUGAUCCUGGAGCCGCAGCCUGCAUGGGUGGCCGUGGAUGAAGACUUUACAGUGAAGUGCCAUGUGCCCACUGUGGUGCCCCUGGAGAACCUCACCCUCACCCUUCUCCAGGGUGACCAGGAACUACAUAGAAAGAACUUUCCAAGCUUGGCUGUGGCCUCCCAGAGAGCUGAGGUCACCAUCAGUGACAGAGCCCGAAGGGAGGAUGACAGGUGCAAUUUCUCCUGCCGUGCAGUCCUGGGCCUGAGUACACAUGGCGGAGGGCUCUUUUGCGGCAGCUCAGCUGUCAGGGUGCUCUGGACCUUUGAAUUCUUUCAGAGCCCCCAAAUCUGGGUCUCUCUGCUUCUGGAGACUGUGAGCUGCGAGGUGGCCAGGGUGUUCUCAGCCAAAGAGGUGGUGUUCCGCAUGUUCCUGGGAGACCAGGAGCUGAGCCCCUUCCUUUCCUGGGAGGGGGACACAGCUUGGGCCAAUGCCUCCGUCCAGGCCGUGGAGCCUGGGGAGCAGGAGCUGACUUACCUUGUAUCCCUGGGUCCGAUGGAACAGAAAAGAGGAGAGCCCGUGCACAUCUACAGCUUCCCUCCACCAGUCCUGGAGAUAGAAGAAUUAUACCCGUUGGCAGGGACAGACAUUAAUGUGACCUGCUCAGGGCAUGUAUUAACAUCACCCAGCCCUACUCUUUGGCUUCAGGGAGCUCCAGACCUCCCUGCCCUUGGGGAGCCUGCCUGGCUUUUCCUUACCACCAAGGAGGAAGAUGAUGGCCGAAAUUUCUCCUGUGAGGCCUCUUUGGAGGUAUAGGGUCAGCGACUGAUGAGAAACACUGCAGUCCAGCUCCAUGUCUUAUAUGAGUAGAGGCCUGCUCUUUGCUACAAGCCCAGGUUAGAGGAAUCUGGUUGCCCUGGCAACCAGACGUGGCUGGAGGGGACGGGGCAGAUGCUUGCCUGCGUCGCAAAGGGAAACCCAACUCCAACCGUGGUGUGUACGUGGAAUGGAGAGAUCUUCGGCCUUGAAGUGCCACAGAAGGCAACCCAGAACCACACUGGAGCCUACUGCUGCACAGCUGCCGACCAGCUGGGCUCCGUCAGCAAAAACUUUGCUGUGGUUGUUCAAGGUCUGGAUGAAGGAAUCAGCUCCACCAUCUUCAUUAUUAUUGUCGCCCUUGGAGUGGCUGUACUCACCCUAGCCCUGUGUUUGAACUAUCAGCCCUGCAAAACAGAAAGGCAGAAAUUGCCCUCUAAGCAGAAAGAGAAGAAUAAAGGGGAGGAAAGCCAGUUUGCAGUUCAGCAAGCAGAAGAGUGCAACGCACAUAAUUGCUAAAUAGAAACAGCUCUUUGGUUGGAGGUGAUCUUUACUACUGGGGUUUCCGAAGGGAGGAAAGAGAAGUAGAGGGGAAUGGAAGAGAUGUUAUCCUGUGUUCUGCAGUCCCAUAAAACAUGUCCCUUGUAUCUGAUCUAUCCACAAGUUCAACUCUGAAUUUAUUCCAGUCACUAGGAAUUCCAGUCUUAUUUAUUCAACUAGCUAAAGGGCCCCCUGCUCUUCACUGUGUGCUUCAUCUGUCCACUUGUAGAUUCAGAAAAGAAGAUCCUGC